AGGCAGCUAUUUAAAAUGGGGACACCACUCACACAAGCACGUUGAGAUCAGUUUCUUACAGUGGCCACAUUAAAACAGCAGGUGUUAAAUCAUGAGCACCAUUUAUCAACACCACGAGAUCUCCAUUUUCUCCUCUGACACCCAGUUUUAUUCUUCGGUGGCUGAUGUGCAGACUCUGAAACAGUCGAGCUUUUACUGUUAUUUAGGGUGAAAUCGUGCAGAACUGGCAGGCGCUGCAGGAGAAGGACUGACGGAGCAGAGCGGGCAGCUGGCGGAGGAAUCAGGGAACCGAGCGGUCGAGGACUUGGACGUGGCAGGCGACAGGGGAUGAUGAAGCACAAGCAGACGGACACGCAGCUUCUGAGAGGGAACUGGAGAAGUCUGAGAGCUGGAGCACCUGCUGUGAAGCAGUCACCAGCAGCCAGACGCUGCACUUCUCCAGGUUACCCCCUCAACCCACAGCCCACCACCCCCCGACUCCGUGGUUUGAAGGGUAAAGGGUCAUCUUCGGAUUUGAAAGUGUCAGAUGUGAGCUGGUUUACUGGAUGCGAGGGAUUGGAGCGUCACCCGAAACCAACGAUAAUGACAAUUCACUGAGGGACGAUUCAUGAUCGUUAAUCACAUCUUCAUCAUUGUCUAGAAAGAAAUGGCGAGGAGAUGUUUGCUGUGGCGUCAUCUGGUUUCAGCUUGCACGUGUCUCAAGUGUUUCGGGGGUUUACUCUAACCUAAAAACAGCAAUGCUCCAUGUGGAGCUGUCAAGAAUUAUGCCAGCAAUGGCAGACAUGUACGGUUGCUCCCUCCUGGGUAUUUUGUUUCACUCAUGCUCACAGACCACUGGAUGUCCAGCAAAGGUCAGCACCUUGUUAGGGUCGGCUGGGACAACUAACAACACUAUUGUUGAGAGAAUACUUCUCUCGACAAAUGCUAUAUUGUGUUUCACUUUGAAAACAGAGAAAAUUUAGUGUUGAAAUCAAUUUUUUAGGCAAAUGACAGAACUGUGAUACACCAACUAUUUUAAAUUGAAUUAAUAAAUGUUGUAACUUUUCAAGGAACAGGCCAAUGAUCAGACUAUGCACAAGUUAUUUUGUACAAAAGUAUCUACAGAUUAAAUGUAGGCUAAUGUACAUACUCAACAAUUUUAUUAAAAUUUAAAUAAAAACACCCAUGUUCAUAAUCACACAAUGUGAUAGUGUGGCAGGGCAAUCCUCAAGUGUCUUCAUGAUUUUCUUUACCGUAUUUAUUGUUUAAUUUAAGAGUUUAAUAAUAAUUUAAUGGUUGAAUCCAACAAUUCACAAAUUAAUGUUAAUGUAAUUGUUGGAUUCACAACUCACAGUUGUUUUUUACGGUUGUUUCUUAUCAAAUAAAAAAUGUAAACUGAAAUAAAAUAAUACUGACAAUGAAAAAAGUUUAAUACUAAAUAAACUUUAGAAGAAAUACACGUGUGUACUAUUGUUCUUAAUUACUUUAUGAUUUUAUUAUGAAUUAUAAAAUACAAUAUGCUGCACAACUUACAUAUUAUUUUUAGUAAAAGUUAGGAAAAACAUGCUGUGGUUUUAAAAUGCUUCACUUUUGCUCUGUUAAUGUCUGGCGUCCACACCACUCCAAAGUUUUCCAGGCCCUAAAACAAAGACUUUUGGAAAUGCUGCAGACUUUGUCUUAGUUUGAAAACUACAGGAGUUUUAGUCUGGACAGGCAGAAACUGAGACUUUUCUAAACACACACAGAUUUGCUUCCUGAUUGCAGCUUAUCACUCAGGACUUGACCACCGGCAGUAAAUGCACAUCAUUACUAAGACUUAGUCUAAGUACCAGUUCCACAUCGUCGUUGGUCCAAUAAAAGAAAUUCUGUUUCUCUUAAGUAGUAUUUACUGCAACCAAGCAACCAACUGUAAAUAGAAACUGCUCCAUGUGUACACUGGCACACGCAUAACUAGUGUACGUGAAUGGUCACUUGAUACGGAGCUUAUUUCUGAUACAGAGCUCAAACACUUGUCUGGACGGGGAUUGCUUUUGUUUUAAAACUGUUUUAUAGUGAAACACACUAGUGUGAACGCAGCCUGUGGAUGUUGUGAAGUCCAGACACCUCACACCACCUGGGGGUCAUGUUCACUGCUGAUCAGAGCUGCAGCCAUCUUGAUUUGUAAAAAUGGCGAAGGCCAAGAGAUUCUCAGGGAGGAGCAACCGGAGUGGCCACCGAAACAAAGAUCAUAAGAGAGCAACAAAGAGCAUCUGGGAUCAGAACACACACACAAGGGGAGUGUCUUCACGCUUUGGACACCAUGACUCCACUGUAUCGUUACAUAGAACAUUGCUGUGAAGAAACACAUGUAUUUACAGUACAUUAGAUAACAUUUUAAAAGGUUUUAUAAUCAAAUUUUGAAGCUUAUAUAUAAUAUACAGUGAGAGCACAGUGAGAGCACAGUGAGAGCACAGUGAGGCGGCUUAAGACACAAGUGAUCAGCAUCAGAGUUGUAAAAUGUGUUGUUGUUUAUCAAGUGUUUGUCGUUUUCUGCUCAGAAAGAAGAGUUUAAAAGCACAACCUUCAAAAAAAUCAGUCUUUAAACUUGAAGGAAUAAUAAUGUGACAUCUAUUGUUAUGAUUAUCGAUAUAGAAUUAUUAUCUUUGUAUUUUGGUAUCAUUUUUGGCUGUAUUGACCAUUCCUGUACUAAACUGUUAUUUGUUGACAGAAACACUUGGGGUUUUGGUUAUCAGCAGCUGCUCUCUAGUGGUAAACCCAAGUAACUGCACACGUAGACCACUGCACCAUUGUAUGAUGGAUCAGUGAACACAAUGUUUUUUUAGUCGCCCAACCCCAUUUGAUCAGAACUGAAAAAUGGAGAUGACACAUUAUUAGAAAACAUAUCAAAUUUCUUUAAAGGUUCAACAUCUGAAUCACCAAAUCCUGCGCAUGGGGGUUGUAGCAGAAUAUGAAUCAGCCCAUAAUUCAGUGGUAAUAUUAACUUAUCAUACCCUAUGAUAACAGUUAUAAGUGUACCAUUCUUAUAGUCUUAUUAUUUGUGUUAUUUGUGUGUGCCUCUGUGUGUGUCAUCCAUAAUGAAAUCUACCGUUGCGGUCAGCGUGCAGUGGAGGAGGCAGCCCUCAGUGCUGCAGCCUGUGUCAGCCUGUGUCAGGAGUUUCCUCCACACUGCUGCAUACUGAUGUCGUCCAGGCAGAUAAAAUAAGCUGCUGCCGUCGCUCCUGUUUCACUGCUCUUCUUCACGCUCCAGACGCGACAUGACACCCGCCAGGCAGAGGCUCCUGGUGCUUCUUACACUUCUCUGCAUUAGUGGAGCAGCUGAAUCCAAGAGGAUUUUCAAAUGUCCUUCAGGAUGCGCCUGCUCCAGGGAGACCAUCAUCUGCGUCGGUCCUGCUCACAUGCCCAGGACCAUACCCAGCGACAUCAACUCACUGAGCAUGGUGAAUGGAUCCAUCCCUGAAAUCACAGAGGGCAUGUUCGCACUCAUGCCUUCUCUUCAGCUGCUGCUUCUCAAUGCAAAUUCUUUGACCACAAUUAAAGAUGAUGCUUUCUCUGGUCUCCCACAUCUUGAAUACUUAUUCAUCGAAGGCAACAAGAUUGAAACAAUCACCAAAAAUGCCUUGCGUGGUCUACGAGAUUUGACUCAUCUCUCCCUCGCCAACAACAAGAUGAGGUUUCUGCCAAGAGAUCUUUUUUUUGACUUGGAUUCGUUGCUGGAACUGGAUCUACGAGGCAACUCUUUCCAGUGCAGCUGUGAGAACAAAUGGCUGAUGACGUGGCUGAAAAACACAAACGCCACAGUGUCGGAUGUCUUCUGCGCAGGGUCCAGUGAUAUGAAGGGCAAACGGCUCCGCGACCUUCCUAUUCCACCGGGCGAGUGCAUGUCCACAGACUUUGUGCGUCAUCAGUCCAUUCCCAUUCAGUCCAUGUCAGCAGACAUCUUCUCCUUUAAAGAGGACAUCUAUGUGGCCAUGGCUGCUCCCAACACCAACAGCUGCGUGGUCAUGGAGUGGGAUCACAUCGAAAUGAACUUCAGAAAAUUUGAUAAUAUCACAGGGAAGUCGGUUGUUGGAUGUAAGUCGGUCCUGAUCGACAACCACGUCCUGAUAAUCGUCACCCAGCUCUUUGGUGGAUCCCACAUUUAUAAGUUUGACGAUCAACAAAACAAGUUCACCAAGUUUCAAACUAUUGAGGUCUUCAACAUCUCCAAGCCAAAUGACAUCGAGGUCUUCCAAUUGGACGGUGAUUGGUAUUUUGUGAUUGUGGACAGCUCCAAGGCUGGACUGUCCACUCUGUACAAGUGGAUCGACCAGCCAGACCGCAAUGAAACUGGUUUUAACUCCUACCAGUUUCUCCACGAGUGGUUUCGCGAUACGGACGCUGAGUUUGUUGAAGUGGACGGGAAGUCCUACCUCAUCUUAGCCAGUCGAUCUCAGUCACCUGUCAUCUACCUGUGGAACAAAAGCUCCCUGAAGUUCAUUCUCCAUGGUGAGAUUCAGAAUGUGGACGACGUGGUGGCAGUCAAAGCGUUUCGGGAGGACGGAGAGUUGUACCUGGCCACGACCUGCUACAUCGGUGACUCCAAAAUCCUCAAAUGGGCCAAUAAGCUGUUCACGGAGGUGCAGGCUCUGCCGUCUCGAGGAGCCAUGGUCCUCCAGCCGUUCUCCUUCAGAGACAGACACUACCUCGCCCUCGGCAGCGACUACUCCUUUACACAGAUCUACCUCUGGGACGCGGAGACCAAAACCUUUCGCAAGUUCAAGGACAUUUACGUGCAAUCGCCUCGGUCGUUUACAGUCGUGACCACAGACCGCAGGAAUUUCAUCUUCUCUUCCAGCUUCAAGGGCAAAUCCAUGGUUUUUGAGCAUAUUACUGUAGAUCUGAGCCUAUAGUGCCUCACAAAACCACAACUAAUGACAUUUUGAGUUGGUCGCCCCAAUCAACACUGUGUUUAUGCCACAAAGUUUCCAAGAGUCUCAAACAAUGUAUUAUGCUCCUUAUGCAGCCGACAGAUAUAUCUUGUUUAUGACCAAAAAAAAUUGGCAAGUUUCUGCAACUCAUAUGCAUUUCUAGCAAUUAAUAAUCGACUCUCAAACAGCUAACUAAAAACUGACAGAAAUGCCAACCUUUGCAAUGUUAACAGCAUGAUUAUAUACGAUAUAUUUUAUAUAUUAUAAACCAAACGGAACAAAACACUGAUUUCGUGCCGUGUGAAAUUUGUUUGGCUCGACCACUGCAAGCAAGACUGUUACCCUAACAUGCUUUGUACUCUUUAAGUGAGGUGAUUUGUUUUGGAACAACAGAAAGGUCGAAGCCAUCUCCUCCCAGUAUGACCAGUGCAUGACACAGACAUUUUCUUAUUAACAAAAUAACAGCACUAUUGACUAAAUAUGCAUUUAUAACCAGCUACUGUAUGAACAGAGUGCCUGAUUAGUGGCAAAAUGAAAUGUAAUCACUCCGGAUUCCUAUGCAAAAUGUAUACAAAUAUUAAGUGUUGCUACAAUCAUGAGGUUGUAUGCUGCUGUAUGACUUGAAUGCAUUUAUAUGGAUUUAUGCCAAAAAACGUCUGCUCUCUUUUUACUAACAUUUUUCAUUUAUCUUGGAGAUUAUUUACACUGUUUGCCUUGGAAUAUAACAGAGGGAUCGCUGCCUGCUGCAGAAGCUGAAGCUUAAAUGUGUUGCGGCCUUGAAUUUGUAUGAGGAACUAGAAAGUGGCAAGGGAUGAAAAAUGCAUAUGAAAUGGAAUGAAAUUAAUAAAAUGCUUUGAAAACAUGGAAGAUGAAAAGAAAACUGGAGCUGAGAGCUGAAGUGCAUCAGAUGAAGAGGCUGAACCAUGUUGGUGAAACAGCUGGAAGUCAAAUGAUACACAACCAAAUAUGAAAUCAGAAAUAAAAUGCAUUUAAACUAUG